UCAGACACUUGAAUUUUAUCUCUAGUAUAAAAACAAAAUCGCAAUAAAUAUUUUGUUCUAAUUAUUUUGAAAUGAAACUGAUCGCAUUUGCUUUCGUCGCCAUUUUGGCGUUAGUACAGGGCGAUUCUGCCAAACAAUGUGACCUAGAUGCAUGCAAAAUAGAUUCAAAUUGCAGAUGUUCCAAUAGUCCAUCUCCUUUAGAUGGGAGUCUAGGCGAUUGGCCACAAUUGGUCAGUUUAACCUUCGAUGACGCUAUCACUGAAAAAGUUUACAACGACUACUUGGAUCCUUUGUUAUUCUCAAGGACAAAUCCAGAUAAUAAUCCUAUCGGAGUGACUUUCUUUGUACCACAUGAAUAUACUAACUACCAAAGAGUAAAUGAUUUGUACAAUAUUGGUUUCGAAAUUGGUGUACAUUCCAUUACUAAAAAUCCUCUUCAAUCUUACUGGAGAUCAGCCUCAGAAGAAGACCUUGUUAAAGAAUUCGAAGGCCAAAGACACAUCAUAUCUAAAUUCGCUGGCAUUCCAGUAGAAAAAAUCAUGGGAGUCAGGACCCCACAACUCCAACUUUCCGGAAACAAUUCGAUUAAGGCUUACGUCCAAGCUGGCUUGACGUACGACAGUUCUUGGCCUUCUUUGCCGGCUAAAAGGAUGUUCCCGUACACCUUGGAUUACAAGUCCACUGAAGACUGCCUUCUGGGUGCUAAAUGUCCAAAUGAACCUUUUGAAGGUUUUUGGAUCCUUCCGAUUAACGAUUUAGUUGGAAAUGAAGGAAAAGAAUGUAGUGUUGUUUCGGCUUGUAGAAUCCAAGGUACAGCUGACGAAAUUGCCAACUGGCUAACAAGUCAAGUAGAGGGCGUUCGUACCACCACCAAAGUUCCAAUGACGUUGAUGUUCAACUCUGGCUGGUUCAAUUCAACUGAAAACAGUGAGGCCGGAUUCAUUAAAUUCCUUGACAAUUUGUUAGAAAAGGAAGAUGUAUUCUUGGUUUCGCAAAAACAGGUAAUGGAUUGGAUAAAAUCUCCCGUCAAAUUGGCCGAUUUCCAGACAGAAUCCGAACAAGAUGAUCCGGCUAACUGCGACAAAACAAAAUGCAUUGUCAAAAAAGGCAAGGAAGAUCGUAAUUUCAACAUUUGUACGGAAUGUCCCAGCGUCUAUCCAUGGAUCGGCAAUCCAGAUGGAAAUUAAACAAGAACAAAAUUGGGC